AUGGGAACUGGCUCAACCCCGCUCGCGCAAAUGCCCCCUUCACUUCCCAACCCAGCCAGUCCACAGUCUGGCAGUGGCAGCGUCAGCCCCAAUGGAGUCAAUCCACCGAGUCAACUGCCUACCACACCCGCCACACCGCCAGUGGCUCAGACCUCCAGUAGCACCGGUGCGACUUCGAUUACAGCUGUGGGGGCUACAGGUAUGGGCAGCCCGAUGUCUACCAGCCAAGCCACAGGGACACCCGUUGGUGGCAGCAUAUCACCCUCAGGCCACACCACGCAGACCACCACUGUCGUUCCCAUGGUCGGUGCCGCGAGCUCCAGCGUUCAUGUGACCAGUGCGACAACGGGUGGUCCGUCGGCUGCUGCUGGUUCCGUACAGUCCACGGUAAACAUCAACCCCUCGUUUGCGCAACCAAGCAAUAACAAUGCCACACCAUCAUCUGGUAUUUGUGAUUGGGAACGCAGUAUGCGUCUACGCCAAGCAGAAUCUCUCCGUAUCCGGAUGUUGCAUCAGCACUGCUUUCUGGCGACAUGGGAUAUGUUAGAAAUGGACCAGCCCAACAUAUACCCAGGCAAGCUCUACGACCUUCCCUCCUCAGCGCUCGCCUGGGGGACCCUCGAAUUCCAAGAGAAGAAAGCAGCUGCAGCAACACGCUGGGGUCCAUUUACACAACUCGAACUGGAUCGUAAUUUAGCUGAUGACAUGGCGAAAGAGGCUGCGCUUAAAGUGGCUAGCACCUCGCCGUUCUGGAUCAAGGAGGAGCGGAGUCCACCAGAAGCCAAAAAGGAAGUUCUUCGGUUUCGCGACCUUCCGUUUGCACGACCCUUCACCAAACACGUGGACAAGCUGGAGUGGGCAAGAACCUUUUUCAAGGCUCCUCCGCCUCGCGGUAUGGGCCAGCCGAUCGUCAAGACCAACCACGUUGUCUCAUCCACGCAUUACCUCCAGCUUUUGGGCAAAAGCCCUGUCAUCAAACACGACUACGGACUCAGUAGUGGCGACUUGAGUCGGAUUCACUUGUCACUGUAUGACGAGUUCAUCCCUGGCCCUCAUCGGAUGUGCAUAGUGGACCUCGCCUUGCGACUGGACAAACUGGAGACUCCACUCUUGAAACAAUUUCUGGCCAAAAUUAUAUGCCAACAUCAAGUGUCAAUCAGGUUUGACAUGCGGUCACCUUCCCUCACCCACGCUUACCUAGGAGGCAAGCUGAAGAGCCGCAUUGUUCUCCGUCGCACGUUUCUUGGCGGCAGGUUUUCGGGGGAAGCCAAAGUCAACGCUGUGACUGCCCUGUAUCUCGUCAACCGAGUGUGCCAUAGCGUCGACCGACUCAGGAUCAGGGGUGGUCCGGCCACGGCUUUUGCAACCAGGUAUCUUGAGACCUGGCUGUUCUACACCGUGGGAGAUACCAUUUCCCAUGAUAUCCGACGUGCCAAUCUUGGAGCCUUUGUUGGGGAUGUAAGGCUCACAGACUUGGUGCGAGACAUGACUUUUGAAACUGGGAAUCACCAGUACGAUCUGGAUCUCUCCACACUACGCACAUGUCACAACCUCCUGACUGCGUAUUUGAAAAUCACACACCACCCACGUUCCAAGUCUGUCGGUAUUCCACUUCAUCUCCAGCUCCAAGAACUGAUGCGCCUGAUAUCAAUCCCCGAGGCGGUCCGCAUGGCCAAAGAGGAUGAGCGUUUCCUGGCAACCCUGGAUGGCGAAAUCGAUGUCAGACUUCUCGCCCUACGCAUAGGCUUGGCAUAUGGAGCACUUGUAGGCCUACUGAACGACAUCAUCACCGAGACAGCCAAACGCAACGCAGACCGUGAAGCUGCGUUGGCUGCCUUCACAGCCAUGGCCUCGGCCGGUGCGGGCGCGGGCGCCGCCAUUGGGGGACCUGUUGCGGAGAAACUUGUUGUCACCUCGGUGGAUGGAAUUGCAAUGGGCAUGACUUCCAAAUUGUCUGCUAGACAUCAACGACAGAGCGGCGCUCUUCAUCGCGUAUUUUCGUCAAUUGUCGACAAGUUCAAUGUUGAGGUUCUUGCUAGAGCCGAUAGAGGGGCUAUUGAUAAUCUUAAUCCCCUGUCCCUCCCAUCAGAUCCGGACAUAGUGCCUCUGGUCACGCCUAGUACGGCAGGUCACAACGUGUUGCGCCCCACUCGGUACGACAUUCAACUGUUCAAAACAACAGCCACCAACGUUUUUCUUUCGGUGUGUAGCCAAGAAGGAGUGACCCUUUCCCAAGAGUCGUCGCAACCUACAGCGGCGCAGUCCACUACACUGGAGCGGCUUUCAGAGGCUCUUGGGUCUCCCCUACCGGACACGCCCACGCCCGACAGCCCGCCAACAGACUUGAAUGCGACAGCGCUUCGAGCUGAGAUCGCUCGGCACUAUCCACCGGACGAGCGUGAGGACUGGUAUACCGUCAUCGCGUGCUGCGCACGGGAGGCGGCCAUGUGCUCCAACUAUCCCAGAAUGAGGUGUAAACCCGGUGACACUGUCUUCAGUGUGACGCCAUCUUGGAGAGAUAAUGUCCUUCGUUUCCUGGCAUCACAUCAUUCUGCUAUGUUGUAUGGCAGGCACGUGGCGAGUGGCCGCUAUGAAAACUGGCAACUAGGGAUGACCGCCUAUCUUCGACUGGCGCCCAAAGUACAGGCUCGAGACCCAUCUUCCACCAUGACGACAAUGGUAGAUCAGGUUGCCUACUUCUUCCAGGAACCCCCGUGCGUCACCUUUUUCAAACAAGCUCCCGUCCGGCCCUUCUUUUACGAUGGCAUUUUGUGGGAUGCUAUACGCAACUGGUAG